AUGGCUCAGACACUUGAAAGUAUGAAGAGCAAAGGAGGAUCGAUCAAGUUAGGGACGAUUGGAACAAUCGGUUCCUUAAUGACAAGAGAAUUGGAUCAAAUCUCAUCUGAACCACAAAAAAAGAAGGUAUUUUCAAGAACUAAACCUAGAACACUUCAUGUUUCUGUUCCAUGUAGUAGUAGUAGUACCAGUACAAGUGCAAACCCUAAAAGACUACAACCAAGAAAAUCAUUAGAUGAAGCCAGUGGCAGUGGAAGUGGAAGCAGUAAAAAUACAAAUCAUAGAACAAAAGCUAAUAGUAAUAGUACUAGUAGGAAUACUCAUAGAAUACCGAUGUUAGGUUCUGCCGAUCAUUUUUCAGUGGACAGAACUCCAACCAGAGAGAAAAAAAAUGAUAAAAAGAAACCUAACAUUGUUGAAGUCGUGGAUAUAAAAUGCGGGAAUGCAGAAAAGACUUGGGCUACUCCUUUAACGACCCGUCUCAAGAAGCUCGGUUUCUCAAAGCUCUCUGAGAGCAUUAUCUAA